ACCCCUGCUGCCGCCGCGCCCUUCACUGGGCAUCUGGAUUCCCUUCCUCGGUGGGCCCCGCCCAGGCGGCUACCCGUGACCUGCCUAGGCGCAGGGAACGGAAAGCCGGAAGGGGCAAGUGGAAUUCAGUUCGCCAUGGGGCUGUUUGGGAAAACCCAGGAGAAGCCUCCCAAAGAACUGGUCAAUGAAUGGUCAUUGAAGAUAAGAAAGGAGAUGAGAGUUGUUGACAGGCAAAUAAGAGAUAUCCAAAGAGAAGAAGAGAAAGUGAAACGAUCUGUGAAAGAUGCAGCCAAGAAGGGCCAAAAGGAUGUUUGUGUGGUUCUGGCCAAGGAGAUGAUCAGGUCGAGGAAGGCUGUGAGCAAACUCUACGCGUCCAAAGCACAUAUGAACUCUGUGCUCAUGGGAAUGAAGAACCAACUUGCGGUCCUCAGAGUGGCUGGUUCCCUGCAGAAGAGCACAGAAGUGAUGAAGGCCAUGCAGAGCCUUGUGAAAAUCCCAGAAAUCCAAGCCACCAUGCGGGAGCUGUCCAAAGAGAUGAUGAAGGCUGGGAUCAUAGAGGAGAUGUUAGAGGACACGUUUGAAAGCAUGGAUGAUCAGGAAGAAAUGGAAGAAGCAGCAGAAAUGGAAAUUGACAGAAUCCUGUUUGAAAUCACAGCAGGGGCCUUAGGCAAAGCACCUAGUAAAGUGACCGAUGCCCUUCCUGAGCCAGAACCUGCAGGAGCAAUGGCUGCUUCAGAGGAUGAGGAGGAGGAAGAAGAGGACCUGGAGGCCAUGCAGUCCCGACUGGCCACACUCCGCAGCUAGGGCCACCCAGCUGAGACCUGAGCUCUCCAGUGGUCUUCCUCUAAGUGUAUGCACAGCCUCUGAGGAGCCGCCAAUUCAUGUCUUUCUUGCACUACACCUCUGUUUCGAGGCACUGAAUUUUGGAGAAGGUUCUAUGCUAGUAUCUUUACUCUCUGCAGAGGUUUGGGAUCUCUAAGGAUUGUUCUUAUGAAGGUGGUGUUAUUAAAUGCAUCAUUUUCAGGAACAUAAACAGCAGAAAUACCUUCCGGGGGUGGAGGGCAAAGAAACUCAUUUUCUUAUGAAGCAGUUCUGAGAAGUUGAUUGACUGGAUAUUGAGGACUCUAUUCUUUGUGUGUAUGUGUGUAAAAUACUCUAUAAGUGGAUUUUAAUAAAUUUCUGCUUUAACUCUUGGACACACAGUAAAUGGUCACCUGCACUGAACUUUUAA